AUGGCCGACGACCCGCACAACACCAGCACAAGCGACGUGUCGGAGCUCGUCCCCGACAACACCGAGCCCUCCGCGGCCAACGUCAAGGAGGACGCCGAAACGACCGCCGCGCGCCGCGAGCUGAAGCAGACGACUAUCUCUGACAAGGCGAAGCGCGACUCGGCUCAGCUGUCCCAGGAAGACGACAAGAGCGCGUCGGAAGAAGAUGACAACAAGAGCGAUGCCGGGGAGCCUGAGAAGAAGAAGCCGCGCACCUCGCGUGGGUUGACCCCUGAGGUGCAGUUGGCUGCACCGAAGCAGGAGGUUCCCAAGGAGACGGUCGCGUCGCCGAAGAAGAGGACGCAUGAUGAGCUGGAGCAGGAUGGAAAGGAGGAAGAGGAGAAGAAAGAGGGGGAGAAGCCGUCUUCGCAGAACAGGGCUGAGCGCGAUGAGCCCGAGAAAAAGAGGCCGCGCGAUCGCCAGGCGAGUUUGUCGGUUGAGAGAGAUGGGCAGAAGGAAGUGGAGCCUUUGUCUGCCCAGGAGUCGCGCCCUUCAAGCGCGGAAAAGCCCAAGAUCGAAGAGAAGAAAGACGAGUCCAAGGACACCAAGGUCGACAAGCCGCAAACCUCUUCCUCCGCCUUCGCCAACUCCAGCAUGGCCAAGUUCGCUAGCUCAACCACCUCCCCCUUCGGCGCCUUCGGCGCCGCUGCAGCCGGCAAAACCAACCUCUUCGGUCUGCCUGCAACCAGCAGUAACAUCUUUGGCUCGAAGUCCGCUGACGCUUCUGCUGCCCCAGCUGGCCCGCCCAAGCUCAGCUUCGGCUCUGCCUCGGCCGCAUCGCCCUUCGCCUCGCUUAAUGGACAGGCUGGUGGCAUGUCGUCGUUGUUCAAAAGCCCGUUUGCUAGUGCGUUCAGUGGGGGUAGCAGCGCAUUGAAGACUGCGGGUGCGACGGGGUUCGGCAAGCCGGGCGAGCCGCUUAAGACGGGCAAGUCCGCGAAGCCGUUUGGUGCGCCGGAGAGUGAUGAGGAAGAUGAGGGUGAGGGUGAGGAAGGAGAGGAGAACAAGAGCGAAAAUGGGGAGGGUGAAGAGAAGGAGGAAGAGGAGAAGGAAGAGAAGGCUAGCGGUGAGGAGAAGAAGAAAUUCAAGUUACAGAAAGUCCACAUCGACGACGGCGAAGGCAACGAAACCACUCUUCUUUCAGUCCGUGCCAAGAUGUACGUCAUGGAAAAGGGCGUCGGGUGGAAGGAGCGCGGCGCCGGCAUGCUCAAGGUGAAUGUGCCGAAGCAGGCGGUCGAGGUGGAAGAGGGGAACCAGCCCGACGCAGACUCGUUCGAUCCCGCUGCCCUCGACGACGCAGCCCGCAAGCUCGUGCGCCUGAUUAUGCGCCAGGACUCGACGCUGCGCGUUAUUCUCAACACGCCCAUCCUGCCCGCGAUGAAGUUCCAGGUGAAUCAUAAGCUCAAGGCAGCGACCGUGUUGUUCACGGCUUUUGAGGGGGGCGAAGCUAGGCAGGUGCAGAUGAAGAUGAGCCAGGCAAACGCCACGCAGUUCUCGAAUAUGGUCGAAAAGAUCAAGGAGAAGCUGGCGGCUGCCUAA